UUGUCACGGCGUGAUCAUUUUUUUUCUCUCUCUUUACUUCUCCUUUUACACAAAUAGACCCAGACUUCUGUGUUAGCAGCCUGUGUUGGACACCUUAAAGAUAAUCAGCGAAUUCCACCUGAAGUAUUGAGGGACAUUGCCUACAAAAGGUCAUACUAUCCCAGCAUGGGCAUGAGCAGCCUGAAAUUGCUGAAAUAUGUCCUAUUUAUCUUUAACUUGCUCUUUUGGGUCUGUGGCUGUUGCAUUUUGGGCUUUGGUAUCUACCUCCUGGUCCAAAACACCUAUGGAGUGCUCUUCCGUAACCUGCCCUUCCUGACACUGGGCAAUGUUCUCGUCAUCGUGGGCUCCAUUAUCAUGGUAGUUGCCUUCUUGGGCUGCAUGGGCUCAAUCAAGGAAAACAAGUGCCUGCUUAUGUCGUUCUUUGUUCUGCUGAUGAUUAUUCUCCUUGCUGAGGUGACCUUAGCCAUCCUGCUCUUUGUGUAUGAACAAAAGCUGAACACGUAUGUGGCUGAGGGCCUGAAUGACAGCAUUCAACAUUAUCACUCAGACAACAACACCAUGGCGGCAUGGGACUUCAUCCAGUCACAUUUGCAGUGUUGUGGUGUAAACGGUUCAAGUGAUUGGACUAGUGGUCCACCAUCUUCCUGCCCACCAGGUGCAGAUGUUCAGGGUUGCUAUAAUAAAGCAAAAUCGUGGUUUCACUCCAAUUUCUUGUAUAUUGGAAUCAUUACCAUCUGUGUAUGUGUGAUACAGGUGCUGGGGAUGGCCUUUGCACUGACACUGAACUGCCAGAUUGACAAAACCAGUCAGGCCUUAGGACUGUGACUUGCAACUGCCCUGAGCUUAAAAGACUUAUUUCUCUCUGGAAAUCCAAAACACCUAUAGUACGAGACCCCAAACAAUCACCUGCCUGGCUGGCAUUUUGGUUUUCUCUUAUCUCUUUCUUGAUUGGGUCCCUGUCUUCUAAAUCCAAGGAAGAGAAUAUUUGUCAUGAACUCUCCAUCUCAAGGAGAAGACAAUCAUUCACCAACUGAUGGCAGUAGCCAUAUCCCUUAAAGAUGGUGAAACAUACCUGGGUGAAUUUUUUGGACAUUAGAGGCCAAGAAUAUGUGGGUUUUUUUUUUUUUUUUUUGGUUUUUCGAGACAGGGUUUCUCUGUGUAGCAUUGUGCCUUUCCUGGAACUCACUUGGUAGCCCAGACUGGCCUCGAACUCACAGAGAUCCGCCUGGCUCUGCCUCCCCAGUGCUGGGAUUAAAGGGGUGCCCACCACUGAGAAUCUGUAGCCCUGCUGUCUUGAGAUCCAAUGAUAGCUGCAGGCAUGGGUAUAGCUCUGAGUAUUGUGUGAACCCCUGAAUUUAGUAUAUGUGAGUCCCUGAAUUUAGCCCUGAGUUCUACAAAAGAUAGGUCCAAGUUUAAAUGUUAGACUCUUAACAACUGUCAAAUCAGUCUCUAGCCUCUAAAUCAUGCUACUUUCACUCUACAUAAGAAACAAGCUAAAGGGAAUUUUGGAGUCAGAUGCACUGGACAAGUAAUAUACCCUGUUUCCUUUUGAACAUAGGCCUUGGUAAUAGGAAUGUUCUGUGGAUCUCUCUUCAAAGGGAAAUAUUUCAAUUUCUUUGUUAAAAUAUCUUACUGAUUUCUGUUACAUCCAUCCAUCCAUCCAUCCAUCUAUCCAUCCAUCCAUAAAAGACUAUCUAAUGAUUAUUAUCCUUCUUAAGUCAGUCUUAAAGCCUUUGAAUUAUAUAGUCAUAGACCAAUCCAGAAGUACUAAUAUCUCCACUGUGUUAGCUGAUAAUUGUAUUCAUGUUUAUGUUGUUAUUUCUAUACCAAAUAAGGUUCUGUUUAGGUACUAUUUUAACAAUUUAAUAAACAAAAUAGUUUAUCAUCACUAUUCAUCAAACAUUUGACUCAGUCUGAUAUUUCUGCUAGCAAGCCAAAUGUAUUAGUAUCUAUUUUUGUGUAACAAGUUAGUCCAAAAUAUAGUGCUAAAGAACCUAUACACAUUUGUUUUGUUUAUUGAUUGAUUUAAAGACAGGGUUUUGCUAUGCAGCCCAGGCUGUCUUGGAACGUGCUAUGUAGCCCAAAUUGGCACCAAACUCAUGAUCAUUCUGUUUCUACCUUCUGAAUAUUAGAAUUACAGAUAUGUGCCACUGUACUUACUCAGGAAAACAUUUAUUAUCUCAUGGAUUUAGGUAAUCAAGAAUGUGGAAGCAGCUGCAACAAAUGAUAUUAGGUUGCUGUUGUUUUGCACAAUCAUGACUAAGUGGUCAGCCAUGUCUUCAGUCAUCUAUAGUCUCUGUGGGAAAGGAAUCCACUGCAUGUUCUCACAAUAAGCCUUAUAGUAUGGCCCCACAUACUUUUACAUAAGUAGUUUCCUGCACAAUGAAACAGCUAAGACAUAGAAUGAGAUACAGCAACCAGAAUAGAAGCCACAGACCUUUUAUAACCUAACCUAAAAGUGCUGCCAUCAGUUAUUCUUAGAACUGGUUCAAAAGUUCGAUUCCCACUUGAGAUUACACAAGGGUAUGACUACUAGGAAGUUGAGAUCAUUGCUUGAUUGCUAAACAUUUUCUCACAUUUGUUGUGUCAAGAAGACAGUAUACUUGUCUAUAUGAUAACUAUAUUCUAUAAAGUAGAAAAUUAGAAAAUAUAUAAUGUCUACUUACAGAACACAGAGGAAAGAAAAGAAAGUAAUUGGUUUCUGUUCUAUAUAUUUUCUGUAGGAUCUUCUAUCUCCCCUUAAGGAAAACUGGUUACCUUAGUGGGCUUCUAUAGGGAAAACGUCUAUUGGCAUUUUAUGAGGCAUAUAAAAAAGAUAAGAGACACUUCUUUGUUCAAACUAACACUUAGUGACAUCACCUGUUAAGUUUUCCUACCUGGUACCUGAGCUUUGUUCUUAGGUCUAUUUUGAUCUUCACUCCCAACUGUUGUGAAAUUCUAAGAAGUCACCUAUCAAGUGUUACAAAUUCAUCUAUCUCCUCAUCUAAGUCCUUGCCACACUCUUUCAAUAGUAUGUUGUCUGCAGUCUUUGUAGCCAGCAAUGGCCCCAUCUGAACUAUUUCCCACACAGAAGAUCAAAUUAUAUGUGUAAAGCAUAAAUGUAAUCAUAUAUAUUUUUAAUAAAUGAAACUCUUCAUUGAA